AUGGCCUCCCGCGGUUUCUCCAAGGCUCUUCGCCCCAUGGCUCGCCAGUUGGCGGCCAAGCCUGCUACCCAGCAGCGCACCUUCGUUGCUGCCCGCAGCCUGGUUCGCGCCUCUGCUCAGGUCUCCAAGGCCUUCGCCGGCCAGCAGCAGACCCGUGGUGUCAAGACCAUGGACUUCGCCGGCCACAAGGAGGACGUCUACGAGCGUGCCGACUGGCCCCAGGAGAAGCUCUUGGAGUACUUCAAGAACGACACCCUCGCCCUCAUCGGCUACGGCUCCCAGGGCCACGGCCAGGGUCUUAACCUCCGUGACAACGGCCUCAACGUCAUCGUUGGUGUCCGCAAGAACGGCCAGUCCUGGAAGGACGCCCAGCAGGACGGCUGGGUCCCCGGCAAGAACCUCUUCGAUGUCGAUGAGGCCAUCUCCCGCGGUACCAUCGUCAUGAACCUCCUCUCCGACGCUGCUCAGUCCGAGACCUGGCCCGCUAUCAAGCCCCAGCUCGUCAAGGGCAAGACCCUCUACUUCUCCCACGGCUUCUCCCCCGUCUUCAAGGAUGUCACCAACGUCGACGUCCCCAAGGACAUUGACGUCAUCCUCGUCGCCCCCAAGGGCUCUGGCCGCACCGUCCGCUCCCUCUUCCGUGAGGGCCGUGGCAUCAACUCCUCUUUCGCCGUCUUCCAGGACGUCACCGGCAAGGCCAAGGAGAAGGCCCAGGCUCUCGGUGUCGCCAUCGGCUCCGGCUACCUCUACGAGACCACCUUUGAGAAGGAGGUCUACUCCGACCUGUACGGCGAGCGUGGCUGCCUCAUGGGUGGUAUCCACGGCAUGUUCCUUGCCCAGUACGAGGUCCUCCGUGAGCGCGGCCACUCCCCCAGCGAGGCCUUCAACGAGACCGUCGAGGAGGCUACCCAGUCUCUGUACCCCCUGAUCGGUGCCAACGGCAUGGACUGGAUGUACGAGGCCUGCUCCACCACCGCCCGCCGCGGUGCCAUCGACUGGACCCCCAAGUUCAAGGACGCCCUCAAGCCCGUCUUCAACUCCCUGUAUGACGCCGUCAAGGACGGCUCCGAGACCAAGCGCUCCCUGGAGUACAACGGCCAGAAGGACUACCGCCAGAAGUUCGAGGCUGAGAUGGAGGAGAUCCGCAACCUGGAGAUCUGGAGAGCCGGCAGAGCCGUCCGCUCUCUGCGUCCCGAGAACCAGAAGUAA